AUGUGCACAGGGGUGAAGCACUCUACCAGGUUCACCAAGGGGCAGCGCCAAGAAGCGCUAUAUGACUGUCCUCAUUGUGACCUUGUUUUUAAAUGUUUCUAUUUCCAGGCUGGCAGUGAUGGAGAGAGCAUAGGAAACUGCCCCUUUUCACAGAGGCUCUUCAUGAUUCUUUGGCUUAAAGGAGUUGUGUUCAGUGUCACAACCGUUGACCUGAAAAGGAAGCCUGCAGAUCUGCAGAACUUGGCUCCUGGGACCCACCCACCGUUUAUAACCUUCAACAGCGAAGUCAAAACGGAUGUAAAUAAGAUUGAGGAAUUUCUUGAAGAAGUCUUGUGUCCCCCCAAGUACUUAAAGCUUUCACCAAAACACCCAGAAUCAAACACUGCUGGAAUGGACAUCUUUGCCAAAUUCUCUGCUUACAUCAAGAACUCAAGGCCAGAGGCUAAUGAAGCACUGGAGAGGGGGCUCUUGAAGACACUUCAGAAACUGGAUGAGUAUCUGAAUUCUCCCCUCCCUGACGAAAUUGAUGAGAACAGUAUGGAGGACAUCAAGUUUUCCACACGGAGAUUUCUGGAUGGCGAUGAGAUGACACUGGCAGACUGCAACCUGCUGCCCAAGCUGCACAUUGUCAAGGUGGUGGCCAAAAAGUACCGCAACUUUGAUAUUCCUAAAGGAAUGACAGGUAUCUGGAGAUACCUGACAAACGCCUACAGCAGGGAUGAGUUCACCAACACCUGUCCCAGCGACAAGGAGGUGGAAAUCGCAUACAGCGAUGUCGCCAAGAGACUUACCAAGUAAACAGCACUUUCAAGCGAGAUGCCUUCAGAUUCCCCCAAAAUACGCUUUCCUAACAGACUGCUCUGCCUCCUCUAAAGUAGAAGUGUAUUUUGCAUGAACAUGCAGUUACUCAAGACUAGGAUUAAAGAUAGACAAAGUGUAGUAGUUAUCUCCAAUACACACUCCUAAGCAGUAUUAUUCUAAAAUCCUCUAUCCGGCCCACCUGCCCUGCCCAUCUGCUCUCCUCCAAUUCGGAGGUACUCCACCACAAGCUCGUCACACGAGAGGCAGUUUGCUGUCACGCUGGAGCCCAAUCAUCAUGUGCAUUCAUAGUGUGUAGAUGGCAGACUUGAGGUGCAGUGUUCAAGUGUUCAACCAUUAGAAUAGUAGCCGUGACAUCAGUGGGCCCCACACUGGUGUACAAUGCAUGGUACAAAGAAUAUUUAUGUGUUGGGGGAGAGUUGUAAUUUUGAAUAAGGAAUAUAUAUGGAAGGAUUGCUACUGUGUUGGACAUGUCGUUUCAGUGUAGUCUGUCCUGGAGUGUGCUGAAGGGUGUUGUUUUCUGGAAGACUGACAGCCUUCUGUAGAGAGACUGCUGGUUUCUUGGUAGAUAGUUAAUUUUGUCUAAAAUGUGUCAUUUGUAUAAAUCAUAACAUCUGAUACUUUGUAGAAACUGAAAAUUCUCAAAAUGAUAAGAGUAGAUGGGUGGGUUCUCUAUUGUGUUAUCUGCUGUGGGUUUCACCCAGGGCCGUGCAUAUGUUUGCAACAGUAUCAUCGCUGCCUGCAUUGUAACAGGUUUUUUCUUCUACCCCUCACCCCCACCCCUUUCCCUGUUGUGCUUGGGAUGGAGCCCAGGCCUGACAAGCCUCUGUCUCUGAGCCGUACCAAGCCCCAUCUCCCUCUUGUAAAAAGCCCCUUUCUUGGGUGAAGGUGUAUCUUCCUGUCUUUGAGCAACACUGCAACAUGCUCUGUAACUAGCAUGCGAAUCACUCAGAAGUUAAUCCGGUUCAGAGUCAGCUUACUGAAAUGUCAAGUACACUUUUCUCCUAAAGCGGAUUCUCUGGGGUGGGGUGGUAGAAUGCAUCAUCUUGCCCUUCUUAAGCUCCCAUGAAGCAUAGGUCACAUGCUCCCAUUCCACCUCCAUUUGCAUUAGACUUAGUGGGAGGUCCUUCACGACUCUUGGGAUAAAUUGUGGUUGUUCAUAGUGAGUGUGCACAGUGAGUGUUUAUUUCCCACACUUUUGCCUAAUGUCAGUGGCCACACUGAGGAAUGUCACUCUUUUUUUUUUUUUUUUUUUUUUUUUUUUUUUUCUUGCCAUUUGUUUUGACAUAAGAUGUUUCUCUGAAGCCUUGGGGCUUGGUAGGUGAACCAAGAUGGCCUCAAAGUUGUGGCAGUCCUCCUGCAUUUGCCUCCUGAAUGCUGGGAUUAUGAGCCUGCACCAUGUCUGGCUUGUUUUCUCCUUUUUUAAAGGAAGUCUAAGCUGACAGUUAUUUCAAGUCUAACAAAAGGGAAUGAGUUGGUAAAAGGAGAGGUCUGCUGUGUCCCAAACAAAGUGGACUUUCUGAGUAGCCCUCCAGAGCCUGCUUGUGACCAUACUACGUUUUUGGUGAUUUUUUUUUUUAAUGUAACUUGUUCAAGAAGUGCUGUUUCCCACAGGCUUUGUACCCCACACUACACUGCUUUAAGGCGGCCUGCCUUCCCUUUUGGUGUGCAGACAGUAAAUAAACACCAGCUCUAUGGAAGCAUCUGACUCAUCAGCAGCUCCCUUUUAAAACUUAAUUCCCUUAGCAUGGGCACAAAGGGAAGGUCUCCCUGUGGCUCAGGGAGAUGCCUCGGCCACAGCUUUCACCCUUACUGCUGGCAGGCUGUGAGUACCCAUGGCUGCAAACACUGUGAGGUGAUAUGUCUGGUUCCAGAGAGAGGAACUAUCUCUUCUCCUUUGACCCUGCAGUGUCUCCAUGGGCCAGAAGUGUCCCAUCUUUACACAGUGACAACUUAUCCUUGGGUGGGAUUGCAUCUUUCAUGAGGAAGAUUCCAGAGAAUGAAUGCCUGCUCUUUCUGCAAGUGACUGCAGGGAGGGCUUCUCACACUAGAGGUAGAGCCAGGACAGUGAAGAGGAUGUGCUGAAGCUGGCAUGAGAUGCCCAUCCUUGGGUGUUCAUUCUCCAUGGCUUCCUAAUUUGCCUCAUGGUUGCUCUUGCUGUCUCCAGAUGUCCAAGGAAAGGAAGCCUGCCUUGGUUUUGACAAAGGCAGAACUGUUUUUCUUGGUAGAGAGAUACAUUUUAGUUUUAUAUGAAGAAAGUCAAACAACUUUGAGAUUGGUUGGUAAAUGGACAAAAGCUAUAAAAAGGAAGGCUCACAGCAAGUGCUCACUGCUGCAUCUGUGCACAGACCGUGAUUGAAAGGUUGGAAAUGUUGAUCCCGUGCAGUUGGUGCAGUGUGGGGCUGGAAUACAGGGACCAUCUAGUCUCCUGUCCACACAGUGACUCCUCCCUUUGUGUUUAUCCUCCUUCCUGUACAAGCCCUUCACCUCAGAGGGGGGUUCUGAGUGGAUACUGAGAAACUAUUAAACAGUGGGAAAGCCUCAGUGUUCUAACUACUAUACCUCCCUUUGUUCUAUAGAUACAGAUUUCCAAUACAAUGCAAAUAAGAUUUUCUCAGUGACAUUAGCUUCCAGAGCAGUUUGCAUACCAUUAUGAGAUUUUGUGGUAGUGCACUAGGAGGAUCAGCACUAGAAUUUAGGCAUUUAUACUUCUGCUGAGUUAUUACAGAGUCUCGCCAGAGUUGCAUGUAGAUAGGAUUUAUUUCUUCAUAUUUUUUUUUUUUAAAAAACCCACUUCGGAAAGAUCUACAAAGUAAAAGUGAGGGGAAGUAGAAAUUAUUUUUUAGUGAAGAUUUUGGUCCACACCUCAAGUGGCAGUGGACUCACCAGUGUCUUAGGCUGGCAAUAGUCAUUUGGGUAAAAGAGAGAGCGAGCGCUGGAGCAUUUAAGAAACUCAAGGUAGACUUCUAAAGGUUCAUCUUUAUAAUUACCAAAGUGGGAGGCAACUAAAAUUAUUUUAUCGUGGAAAAAAUUUAAGUCCAAGCCAUAGAAAUUCAUCUCCCAAGCCACAAUGCUGAACAGGACUGGAGUGUUCUUUAUAGAAUUCCUUGGGUAGGGAUGAAGCUGAGCACAGAAUGCUUGCAAUUUCUUUCUUCUCUCUGGAACAUCAACACCAGUAUAUUGCUGGCAGCUAUUGUAUUAAAAAUAAAGUAAAUAAAUAUAUUUUCACUACCAAAA